AGAAAGUGUGCAAGUGUUGAACACAGAGAAAGAGAGAGAGAUGGCUUGCAGGCAGUUGUGGGCUUCAAGAGCUGCAUCGUACUUGAGAAUCUCUGUCUUUCAUAGAAGCUUUUCUAAUGUUUUGAAAGAUCUGAAGUAUGCUGAUUCUCAUGAGUGGGUGAAAGUUGAUGGAAAUUCUGCAACUGUUGGCAUAACUGAUCAUGCCCAAGAUCAUUUGGGUGAUGUUGUGUACGUUGAAUUGCCAGAAGUGGGAGCGGAAGUAACACAAGGAGAUGGUUUUGGUGCAGUUGAAAGUGUGAAGGCAACUAGUGAUAUUAACUCUCCUGUUUCAGGAAAAGUGGUUGAAAUCAAUGAAGAGCUUAGCAGCUCUCCUGCUUUGGUCAACUCAAGCCCUUAUGAAGAUGGAUGGAUAAUUAAAGUUGAAAUGAGUGACAGUGGGGAACUAAAGAACUUGAUGAAUUCAGAACAGUACUCCGAAUUCUGUGAAGAUGAAGAUUCCAAGCAUUGAUGGUCUUGCCAAGAUCUUUCAGCACUAUACAUGAUGUUGAUCAUGUUAAAAUGCGGAAGCUAAGAAUUGUUUGAUUUCUCCUUAUUUCGAAAUACGUGUUUUGACUACUUUAUUUUUAUUUCUCAUGAGUUUCAAAUUUAUUGGCGUAAUAAUUUCACUCUUUGCCUUAGAAAUAUGAAAUUUCAUGUGGGAAAUUUGACAUGAAAAGUCAUUAAGUUUUUUUCAAGUAGUGACAAAUUGUUAGAUGAAUUUCAUUAUAGGUAUCAUGAAUUUUAUCGGUUGCAUAUGAUAAGUUGUUCUCAUUGCUAGUUUAUAAUGAUUCUCUUCUUACCUCUCUCUCUCGAACCGGUUAGCUCCCAGAAGUUAUGUGUGAUGCACACCAGACUCUUAACAUAUUCCCAAUGAAAGAAACUGUCUGUGUGACAAUGAUUUUAUAACACCGUUGGCUUCACACACAACUUAUCAUAUGCAACCGAUAAAAUGAUUAAGAGACAGUUAUUCCAUAGUUGCCUACGGAAACCACGAGUUUUUUUUUUUUUUUUUUUUUUUUAAGUUUAUUCGAUUAUAUUAAAUGAUGAAGUCGUGUCUCUCGUAUAUGAUUUGUAACAUAUCUAUUCUAUAUUAUUCUAAAGUAAAACCGUUUAUUGGAAUUAUUCUAAAGUAAAACCGUUUAUUGGAAACUUUGAUGAUGUGCCGCAUUCUCCUUGAAUCUGAGGUUUGUCUUCACACUUGA